AUGACUGAAUCCAAUCAACAUUCCCUCUUCAAUUCUGGUCAACAUUGUUCUUUACCUAACUGCAACACGCUCGACUUCCUUCCUUUACUCUGCAAAGCAUGUCAAGCUUCUUUUUGUAAAGACCAUGCUCCAGUCUUCGCUCACAACUGUCCAUCCGCCGAUCUCAAAACACUUUCAUCCGUUUCUCAAUCUGAUCAGGUCUCAUUCGAAUCAAUCGAUGAUUUGAUUUCUUCUCAUCGUCCAACUCCGGCGGCUUCUGCAACGACAGCACAACUCGAACGCAAUGCCCGAGCCAAAGAAGUCCUCGAUAAACAUUUCCCUAAAACUGCUAAAACAACUCCUCUCAAACCAACCAUCUCAGCGGCGAAAAAACCACUAAGCCCAGCUAUUCAGCUCAUGCUCCUUAAAAAACGUGCAACUUGUGGUGAUCCGAAGAAGAAGGAAGGUGAUGUACCUCCCCAUGAGCGUUGGUAUGGAACUGUGAACGUUAUGAUCAAAGAUAUAAAUUCAAAUGAAGUCACUCUGAAAGAGGCUUGUGAUAAUGAGGCAGAAGCCGGUAAACCCUUGUGGUUUCCAAAAAAAACUAUAACUGGAAAAGUAUUUGAUCUAAUUACAGAUUUGUUACAAAGUCGACUGAAUUCACUCAAUCAUACACAACUUCAGCUACGUGUCUUCCGUAAAGAUACUAUUGAACCUGUCAUAUUGACUGAGAAAUGUUCAACUGCUUGGGGAGAUCUGGUGAAAGAUGGUGAAGAAGUUUGGGUGACUAGAAAACAAUGA